AUGUCUUGGGACAAAGAUCAAGAUUAUCGAGGUGAUAAUAUCAAUGAUGACAUCAUGGAUCCUCAACAACAAGGCGGAGUCUUCCAGGGAAAUCAAGGUCGAGAUUUCAAUGAUGAUCAAUUCAAUCCCAAUUACAAUAGUCCAGGCAGUUUGGACAGAUCUGCCAUGGAUGAAGGUGGCUAUGAGGAAGGAGGUGUUGGAGGUAUCAAAGACUAUGUGAAGGACAAGAUUAAGAGUAAGAUCUUUGGCAGUAGAUACAACGAAGGAAAACGAGAUUUCGGUGAGGAUGAGCAAGGUUAUAGAGAAGGAGGUAGUGGCAACCGAGAUGAUGAAUAUUAA